GGCGGAGCCGUAGCGGGCACGGAGAGGAGGUGACCCCGCAGAAGGUAAUAAGUCAUCAUUUGUCAAGAUGUCGUCAGCACCUGAGCCUCCAACAUUUAAAAAGGAACCACCCAAAGAGAAAGACUUUCAAAACCCAGGGCUCAGAGGGGUGCGCACAACGACCUUAUUUCGAGCUGUGAAUCCAGAGCUCUUCAUUAAACCUAACAAACCUGUAAUGGCUUUUGGAUUGGUAACCCUUUCGCUUUGCGUGGCAUAUAUUGGUUAUCUACAUGCAACACAAGAGAAUAAAAAGGACCUCUAUGAAGCUAUUGAUAGUGAGGGACACAGUUAUAUGAGGAGGAAAACAUCUAAAUGGGAUUAAUAGUGAUGGUUACUGCAAAUGAAGCCUUAUUAAGGACUCUGAAAUCUUCAGAUGAAAGACUUUACAAGCACACGGUAUCAUGUUUCUUGUUCUAGAAUAUGUUAAUGAGAGAAGAUAGCAAUUGCACCCAGACAACUGUAGUAAAUUUUUUGCUUUCAUAGCUGCAGCCAUCAUCUCAUUCUUUUUCUACAGAAAAUGUCACAAUAUUUUUCUAUUAUUCAAUCCUUUUAUAAAAGUGCCAUGAGAAUAGAAGUUAUUUUUGUUAAUUAUUAAGUUCUAUGUAAUAAAAAUACCCAGUGCU